AUGAGCAAAUCUGAUGCCUGUCCUGGUAGCUCAGUCCUUUUGACCGACAGUCCGGAUACAAUACGCAUGAAAGUUCGACGUGCUCAAACUGAUUCCUUACAAGGUGUCACCUACGACUCAGUGGGCCGACCGGGCAUCUCAAAUCUAAUUCGCAUUUUGGCCGCGGUUGAAAAAAUCCGAUCUGAAACUGACAUUGAGUUGGCAUUAGAUUAUGGCUUAACUGCUCGACCAAACACCGUGAAGCGAAUCGUACCGAUUACUGGAUAUUACGACGUGUAUACUGAAUGGUGA